CUUUUUCCCUCCCCCUCCCUUCUCCAAGCAUCAGUCCAAGGGGAGGGAGGGGACGAGAAAGGAGACUGGGAGGAGGAGGAAAAGUGGAAGAAGCUAGAAGUGCGGGGUGCUGGGGGGAGCCCCGAGGCGUCGGCCCUCGGGUGGACUGGCAUCUGGAACCCGCCCUGGAGCUGCGCCCCAAGCUGCAGCGCGCAGUCAGCUCUCCGCCCAAGAGCAGCCCGGACGCGCUGCUGUCGCCUGGGCAUGAUCGCGGCGGACUAAGGACCAGAGCCCCUAAGCUUCGCUCCGGGACCAAUAGGCAAAGAAAAGGAAGGGAUGGCAGAAUGAGGGGCCAUCCUCAUGUUCCAAGUGCUUGUAUGCAAAAGGGGCUGAAAGAACCUCAACUGCAUGUCAAAGUGAAGGAAUGAAAGGAAGAAGAGAAGCAAGCAUAUGCCCAGAGGUUGGGCUGCCUUCAGUGUAGAAUUUGGUUUGGCCACUGGGGGAAGCUGAGUUGAGAUGGAAUUGGAUUGUGAACAGCUGACUAAUGGAGGUGGAGUGAGGAUGAAAACCAACAGUUGAACCCGCCACACCACGGUAUUCACUUCUUCAACUAUAUUAAUCUUUUAAACAAAAAAAGAUGGAUUUUUUAAACUCAUCAGACCAAAACUUGACCUCUGAGGAACUGUUAAACCGAGUGCCAUCUAAAAUUCUGGUAUCCCUCACUCUGUCUGGGCUGGCAUUGAUGACAACCACCAUCAACUCCCUCGUGAUCGCUGCAAUCAUUGUGACUCGGAAGCUGCACCACCCAGCCAACUAUUUAAUUUGUUCCUUGGCAGUUACAGAUUUUCUCGUAGCUGUCCUGGUGAUGCCCUUCAGUAUUGUGUACAUUGUGAGAGAGAGUUGGAUUAUGGGACAAGUACUCUGUGACAUUUGGCUGAGUGUUGACAUCAUCUGUUGUACGUGUUCCAUCUUGCAUCUGUCAGCUAUAGCCUUGGAUAGGUACCGAGCCAUCACAGAUGCAGUUGAGUACGCCAGGAAGAGGACUCCCAGGCAUGCCGGCAUCAUGAUUACAGUAGUGUGGGUUAUAUCUGUGUUCAUCUCUAUGCCUCCUCUCUUCUGGAGGCACCAAGGAACUAGCCGCGAUGAUGAGUGUGUCAUCAAACACGACCACAUUGUUUCCACAAUUUACUCCACGUUUGGAGCUUUCUACAUCCCGCUUGUAUUGAUAUUGAUCCUCUACUACAAAAUAUACAGAGCAGCAAGGACACUGUACCACAAGAGACAAGCAAGUCGGAUGAUAAAGGAGGAGCUGAAUGGCCAAGUCCUUUUGGAGAGUGGUGAGAAAAGCAUUAAACUGGUCUCCACAUCCUACAUGCUAGAAAAAUCCUUAUCCGAUCCAUCAACAGACUUUGAUAGAAUUCACAGCACGGUGAAAAGUCCCAGAUCGGAGCUGAAGCAUGAGAAAUCUUGGAGAAGACAGAGAAUCUCAGGCACUAGAGAACGGAAAGCAGCCACUACCCUGGGACUGAUCUUGGGGGCAUUUGUAAUAUGUUGGCUGCCCUUUUUUGUAAAAGAAUUGGUUGUGAAUGUCUGUGAAAAAUGUAAAAUUUCUGAAGAAAUGUCAAAUUUUUUGACCUGGCUUGGUUACCUGAAUUCCCUUAUAAAUCCACUGAUUUAUACCAUCUUUAAUGAAGACUUCAAGAAAGCCUUCCAAAAACUUGUACGAUGCCGAUAUUAGGAUAAAAGAAGCCUAUUUUUAAAGUGUGGAGGCUUUAUUUGUUGGGGGAGGGGUAAUUAAAUGAAUGUAAAGUAAUAAAACAUUUAAAUUUUUAGAGAAAAUAUAUUAACACUGAUAAAAUUAUAAGAGGAUAAAUUUAUUUUUAAUAGCACCAAGAAAAUAAGAUGUAUUAAUUUGGCCAUAAUUUUAAUGCUCUCAAGAUUAGGAAAUAACUUAUGCAGAUCAGCUCAUAAUACUUUUGCCUAUGUAAUAUACCUAAGAAGCUAACUAGAAAUACUCAUAUAUAUAUAUAUAUAUAUAUAUAUAUACAUACUAUCAAUUAUAACGCUUUCCAGAUCUAUGUGUUACAACAACUAGAGAAAUUUUUAACUAGCAUCUUUCUGCUGGUAAUUUCUAUGUCACCUCAUUCUUAACUGUUAAUUUGAGAAAAAUAUUCACUGCAAUACUACUAUUGCCCCUUCUCCAUUAUGUCCACUACGAAGGUAGCAGCAGCAGCAUCUCUUAUUUAGCAUUAGUAGAGAAGAUAUGAAUUGAAGCUCAGUGGCUUUGAUAGAGUCUUCAUAUUUGGACAGUAAAAACAAUCAUCCAGCAAGCUAAAAUAUGUAAAAAUAUUUCAAUAUCCUGAACUUUUUGCACAUUUGCGCUUUACUUUGUUUAAUAUCAAGUCCUAGAAUAAUAUUAUCUUAACCAUAUGUCAGUAUUUGAAAUCAAUGCCCCAAGGCUAGGGGGAAGGUUUAUUAUGCAAUUAUUGUAUAAUUGUUAUAUAUGUUGCCCCUUGCUUAGGAAUCAAGCUCUAAACACUAAGUACCUUAGCUAGCUCACCACAAUUAACAUAUGUCUAGUAUAAAAUUUAUUUUAUCUCCACUAAUAUUAUUAAGUCCAGUUUUUAUAACUCAUCUUCAUAUCUUUAAGAUCGUUUCCUUUUUAUUAUAGAGAAUAUAAUAAAAUAUUAAAACUUUGACUUUACAAAAAAAAUCCAUUUUUCCUAUUAUUUAGGACACCUUUCAUAAAUCAAGACCAUUUAAAAACCAACACACCUCUUUAAGUUGCAACAUUGUGUGCAUUAUAAAAUAUUCUUUCCUUGUGAAAAGAGUUCAUUACAUUACUUUUUAUAUAUCUAGGAGACAUUACCCUUGGUUUAAAAGAUAUCUAGAGAUGUGAUUUUGUAUAAGGCAAUGAGACAUAUACUAGAUAGAAAAUACAGGAAAUAAUAAAAUACAAAUUCUCCCAUCAACAUAUCUAUAAUCUAGAAGAAGAUAGAAUGCAGAACUAUACUAGAAGAAAAUAAACAAGGAUCUAGCAAGUGAGUUAUUUACAUUGUUGUGAUGGUGUAGAGACAAAUUGGUCACAUCUGGUUGAAGAAAAUUGGACAUUUUAAUAAACAAUAUAUCUAAAAUGUGUGUUAAGUAAAGUAGGAUUUGGACAUGCGCAAAUGAAAGGGCAUAGUCCAGGUGUGACAACAUAAGGAGUUCAGGCUUCAUCAUUGCAGGGUAUGCCAAAAGUCAC